CCCACUCUCUCGGUCUGGCUUGCACCGUGCUCGAGUACCAUUCAAUAAGGGUUCCGUGUGUCGAUUUUGCAAAUGGUCGUCCCCAAUAACAGCCUUCACGAGCUGGAACGCCAGCGUCUCGAGCUUGAGGGAAACAUCUCGAAGCUGCAGGAUUCCCUAUACCACUGGCGGACAUGGGAGGCCGAGUACGACGGUCUGAAAGAGGAUAUCGAUGAACUCGACGAUGACGCGACGACGGACGACUUCCUCCGAGUGGGCCACGACUUUGGUGGCUCCCUGGUCAACGAAGAUGAAGCCAAAGAGAUUUUCGGCCAGAAACAGGGCGUGACGCGAUCGAAACAACAGGUGGUCGAUCUGAUAACGAGGCGGAUCGACUACGUGAAGCAGAAUGCUUCCACGAUGGAAAAACGACUACGCACGGCCGAGAACCAGCUCUUUGCACUGGACGCCCAAGAACAACUACCAGCAGAAUCUACGGCGGACUUUCCGAUGACGGAGAUCUUCGAGGAACUUGAUGAGAAUGGGGACGUGAUUUCGAGCAAAACUUCGACCCCUGGUGGACAAGCGACGGAUCUCUUGGAGGUAUUGAAGAAGGCUGGCGUGAAGGAUAUACCGGAUGUAGCCAAGGCCGAUCCAGCAGCUUCAAGCUCGUCACAACCUACAACCCAGACGACAGAAGAGACCUCCAGCGCAGAUAACGAUGAUCGUCUCCAAUCCCUCACCAAGGAGGAGCCUUCAAAUUCAGCUACUCCUGAAGGACACGCCAACGACAACAAGCCCGCUGCAUUUGACCCAUCUCGUGAAGUCCACGGCGAGCGCCCCGUUACCGAAGUGGACGAAUCGCCAGAAGAUGCCAAGCUUCGCCAGGAGAUGCUGCAGUACAGUCUCAACGAGGUUGGCUCCGUUGUGGCCGAACUGGAGCUGGACGAGGAAGGAAGUGAUUUCUCGGUUGACGACGACUAUGACUUUGAUGACGAAGACGAGGAAGAGGAUGAACAUGGACGGAGCACCGGGCAAAUCUUGAGCGAAGACUACCACCGCCAGAUGCGCGAGCUAGAAGCAAAGCUCAACGCCCGAGGAAUGUGGAAUGCCGGUAAAGACGCCGAAUCGCUCCCGAGUGAUGUCCAGCAGGAACUCGAACAGCUCGCAACUGUUCACGUUGAGCAAGUCCCGGACACAACCAACCAACCUGUCAAGGAGAAGAAGCAGAAGAAAAAGGUGGCUUUCGCCGACCAUCUCGACAUUGCCCCGGCCCCGAAGCCCCCGACUGAGGAAAACAAGCCCGUUCCAGUCCGGGAGUCAACCGUCACCGUUCUUGCAGACUCCGUCGUUGAACGCACAGAGCCUGUCGAAAAACAUGUCCCCACAGCGGCUCCGAAGAAGGUCUCCCGCUUCAAGAGCGCGCGGAAGACAGCCCCAGCCGAGGAGCCUUCUUCUGCACCAACACCCCAGCCUCGCGGCACCUCUCAACCCGCCGAACCCCGUUCGGCUCUUCGCAAGACCGGCGCACCCUCCGCGCCCUCAUCGUUACCAUUAUUCCCCGCCAGACCAGCGGAGCCCAAGCCCUUCUCCCAGCCCAUCUCCGACAUCAUCGAGAAGGACUCCCCUCCCCAAGGCCCCGAAGGACAGAUCCUCGCCGACAAGCUCGUCGAACGGGACGUCUCCCAGGGCCCAUCCGCAGCCCCGGAGCCCGACGAGCUCGACGCCGAGCUGCACAAGAAGGAGAUCGCCACCGAGUUCUACAGGGUCCGGAAUCGCAUGAUCCAGCAAAACGGCGGGUUUGUGGGCGGCGAGGAACCCGAAAUAGUUCCCAUCGAAACCGAGGACGCUCCUAGACGAGUGAGCAAAUUCAAGGCUGCCCGUAUGAGGUAGCCCACCCAGUACAUAGGUACUGCCAGUAGUCAACGAAAGCAACAGAAACCGAUCCAGAUACCCAAAACUUAGUAUAGAUGCACAUUUGAGACAUUUCAAAUCCCGAGUUUCGCUGUGUAGUUGUGCUAUGCUGUAUAUUGUCGGACUGAAAAACAGGGGAGAUUGAUUUUUAUUUCUUUCUUCUACCUUGAUAUGGCUAUACCUCCUCUCCAUGGUAUACUCAGAAAACUCAGAAUCCAAGAUAAAUGAUGACCUUAGGGCUCUCUGACUGUACUUCCGUUGCUGGGUAUUGGGCUCUUCUCGAUUCUCGAGACGAGUACUUACUUCCAGUAGGAGGUGGAUGUAUGGUUGCGUUUCACCCUCGACAUGAAAUAAUCACUAUUCCCCCCCUACAGAAAACCCCCAAGGCUUGAAAACUACCUACUACUAUACCUAGUAGACUACGUAGACCACAGGGUGUGAGUGGGAAACCAGAAAGACCCCUCCCGAUUC